AAACUCCACCAAAGACUGAACGUUAUUGGUUUUCUGCUUUUGGGUCUACAAUCUCCGCUUGGGAUUCUGAGAAAGCCAAGAGGGUCGUGAGCUAUUCAUCGUUCUCAGUCGCGAUUCGGAGCUUUUACUCACUUUUUGAUAUCUCGAAUUGAUCCCGGAGCAGUAGAUCACAACUCUCAUGCAGGCCCUCUUCUUUUCCUAGAGAGGAAUAGGGUUCUGCUCUACAGAUCUGAUCGGAAUUCUAUUGAAGAAAAAUUGAUAUCUCUCUCUAAAAGUAAAUACACAAAUGGGUAUUAUGUUUACUAAAUUGUUCUCUACACUAUUUGGUAACAAAGAAGCUCGGAUCCUUGUUCUCGGCCUCGACAAUGCUGGAAAAACCACAAUUCUCUAUCGGCUCCAGAUGGGUGAAGUUGUCUCCACCAUUCCAACAAUUGGGUUUAAUGUGGAAACAGUGCAAUACAACAACAUAAAGUUUCAAGUUUGGGAUCUGGGUGGGCAGACUAGUAUCAGGCCAUAUUGGAGAUGUUAUUUUCCAAAUACUCAAGCCAUAAUCUAUGUUGUUGAUUCAAGUGACACUGAUAGGCUGUCGAUUGCCAAAGAGGAGUUUCAUGCAAUUUUGGAGGAGGAAGAGUUGAAAGGUGCUGUUGUCCUCAUUUUUGCAAACAAACAGGAUCUUCCGGGUGCACUCGAUGAUGCUGCAGUGACUGAGGCCUUAGAGUUGCACAAAAUUAAAAACCGCCAGUGGGCUAUUUUCAAAACUUCUGCCAUAAAAGGAGAAGGCCUUUUUGAGGGCUUGGAUUGGUUGAGCAAUACACUCAAAUCUGGUGGUGGCUAACUUCCUUGGGAUAAGAAACAGAAACUUGCAGCUGUUUAGGGAAGGCAGAACUAAGAAGGGUCUCACUGCUUGAUAUGAUUUUUGAUAGUUACAUUGUGUCAUGGAUGCAGUUGUCGGUUUGGUGUCACUGACUAUCGGAGUGAACUACCAACUUACGUGUUAUAUUUUCAUCAAAGAUAUGAAUGCUUUAGCCUCGUGAUACUGUGCGCGCUUUUUUUUUGCUUUUGUACCCAUUCAUUCCCUCCUCAGGACACAUUUUUUUCCUGCUGUUUUAUCAUUUGUUCUACUUGCUUGGUGUAGGAACUAAACUAACCACAUUUUCUGUUCCAUAGAAUAUUGGUAACUUUUUUUCUUUUGUUUAAAGUUUCGAUCAAAUUUUUAUGGGUAAGAUAAACUAUUAAUUUGAUGUUGGCACUCGCUGGCCGUGUUAUAAAUUACUGACCUUGAAUGUAUUAGUUCAA